GGCUAAAACAUAUGGGGUUAAAGGGAAAUGAAAAAAGGUUAGCGGGUUAGCGGAAUUUACAAUUAUCUCCUUGACUAAUUUUGAUUUGUAACAAGUGAUCGGAAAUAAAGCAAUCAAAAGUUUACUGUUUUAUCGCGUGACGGGCAUUGCUAUUCAGAUCAUGCAAGUGUUUAACACGGUUACAAUUGCAAAAGCGGAUGAAAAUGGAAUGAUAUUUUGCUAACAUGCUCUUUGAUUUAUAAGGAUUCUCGCUGAAAUGCCUUUAAUUUCAUUGGCAGGUACCAAGAGGAAGGUGGGAAGACCUUCAGUCAUUGAAGCUCACCCUGAGAUCGUGGAAAUUGUCAGAGACUUUAUUACACAGCAUUCUUCAUCUGCCCACGAUCGAAGACGCGAUGACGUGCAAUACAGCCAUGGCGUGACACUAGCAGCCAUUCGGAGUCACGUCCUUAGGGAAAUUCCGGCUUUAAAGAAAAUUUCUGUACACACAAUACACCGUCUUCUUUUGCCGCCAAAUAAGAACCGAAACGCGUCUAAACGCUACAAAAGUUUAGUAGAGGCUAAGCGACCUCCUAAGAGAAAUGACCUAACUAGUAAAAUUCACGCAGACUUUCACUAUAGUUCAGCUCAAGUGAAUUUUGUUGGAGAGCUCGCUGAAUUGUUCUCAGAUGAGACAAUAGCCAUUUCAGCAGAUGACAAGAACAAGGUCAACGUAGGAACUUUGGCUGUCAGUAGGCAUUUUUCUAUCAACAAUAUAUUUGCCACGAACGAUCAACCCAACUACCCCGAUCACGAUUUUCCUUAUACCAAUGCCAAAAUUGUUCCAGCUGGAUAUUUAGUACUUAGAUCAAGAAAUAGGCGAUCGAGGAGUCUUUCGCCGAGGAAGACGAAUCCAAAAAAAAAACGCCGUUCCUUAUCAGCUCCUCCAAACAAUUUCUCUUAUAGGUGUUAUUCAAAGGACAAAAUAUUUAUAGAUACUCUGGGUAGAGAACGAAUAAGGUGGCCUAGAUCGGGUUCACUUAAUGUAUUGUUAUAUCCAUCAAUGUUUUUUGAGAGCACAAGCGCUAUGCAUGUGUUUAACCUAAAAAAAAUUUUGCAACCAAUUGUUUCAAAGGAAGGAAAAAAAGCAGUCACUAUCAUAUGUGACGGAGGGCCAGACUGGUCACCAAAGUCUACGCCCAAUUUGAUCAACUUUGGAAGGUUGUGGCGAGACUUAAACCUCGACAUCUUAAUCCUCACAUCUUACGCCCCGGGACACAGUCGUUACAAUCCCAUAGAACGCAGCUGGGCCCCUCUUUCAAGAUGGCUCACUGGUGUUACUCUCCCGAUUUCCUUGGAAGGGAAAAUAAUAAUUUAAUAAUAAUAAUUUACAUUUAUAUAGCGCAAACCUCUAUAUGAAUAUAUUUGGUUGCGCUUUACAAUAUUGUUAUAUUAAAUUUAUGUUAAAGGUGACUAAAGCAUGAGCAACUAUUAAAAACUACAAUAAAAAGUAUUAAAACUAUAAAUAAAAAUAAAUAAAUAAAAGCCAACAAUUAAAUCUAUUUAAAAGCUAAAUUGAAAAAAUGAGUUUUAACAGCAGUCUUAAAAGUGUCCAAUGUCUUCAUGUUGCGAAUUUCCGAAGGUAAUGCAUUCCAGAGAUAAGGUGCAGCUGACUGGAAUGCACGAUCGCCAAGAGUUGGAUGGGUCUUAAUGCAUGGUAACUCGAGGAAUAUAGACUCAUUUGACCUUAGAGAGUACUUGGAUUGCUUUUUGGUAGUAAUGAAAUCAAUUAGAUAAUUAGGAGCUUGACCAUAUAAGCACUUAAAUGUCAAAAGUAGAAUCUUAAACUUUAUACGGUAACUUAUUGGAAGCCAAUGAAGGUGGAAAAGCAAUGGUGUAACAUGGCAGAAUCUAGGUGUUCCGGUGACCAACCGAGCCGCGGCAUUCUGUAUCCGUUGGAGUUUCAUGAUAUGUGAAUUCGGGAGGCCAUAUAGUAGACUGUUACAAUAAUCUAUUCUACUGGUGAUAAAAGCAUGAACUAAUGAUUCGGUGACUGAACGACUUAAAUAUUUCCUAAUUCUACGCAUGUUAUAAAGAUAAUUGAAAGCGGAUGAGCAAGUUUUGUUGAUAUGACUUAGCAUACUCAUUUUAGAAUCAAACCAAGCUCCUAGGUUUCGAACUUCAGAAGAUGGAGCAAUUUGGGAGUCCCCAACCGAUAAGGUACUAAUGUUACUGACUUUCUGAAGUUGUUGUCGUGUUCCAAUCAGAAGACAUUCUGUCUUAUCGGAAUUCAGUUUUAACUUAUCCGAAUGCAUCCAUCUACUGAUAUCAGCAAUACAUGAUUCCAUGGCAGUUAUAGCAGCGGUCUCCUCCAAAUCAUUUCCUGAUCUAAACGCGAUAUACAGUUGCGUGUCAUCUGCAUGACAAUGGGAAUUAGGAAGAUGUGAUUCGACGAUCUUAAAAAGUUUACUAGCAUAGAGGGAAAACAAUAAUGGCCCGAGACAGCUGCCUUGUGGAACUCCAAAUUUAAGAUUAAAAUUACUCGAUAGAACUCCGUCUAUAUAGAUGCGCUGGGUUCUGUUAGAAAGGUACGAUUCAAUCCAAUUAAGUGCAGAGCCUGAAAUUCCAAAAUCAAACUGAAGGCGAUCUAAGAGAAUCCUAUGGUCCACGGUAUCAAACGCGGCGCUUAAAUCAAGAAGCACUAACAACGUGACCUUCUGAAAACCUCUCCCUGGGUGGAUUUUGCAGGGCAAAGUGAAAAUGAGAUUCGUAACAGGAAAGCUGAGGUUCUCGACGAAGCGUGCCGUAAGUGCAGCAAAUAUUGGGAUGGAAAGAAGAUUGAUUCUUUUCCAGUUCGGGUCACAUGCAUCGAAUCUCGAUCUCAAGAGGCGCAAAUUAGUGACCAUGAACUACUAAAAGCUUUAGCUAACAGUAGUGAAAAAAAAAUCAAAAGCGAUCCUAACAUGGAAAAUUGCCGCUCCGAGUAUCAAUUUCUUAUGGGACAUCUGACGAGGAAAACGUAUCAAAUUGAAUUUGUAAAGUGCGUUAGUUCACAGUGUGAUCACUGCGCAAAGACACCAAUCCGAGCAGUAAAUUUUUUUAACUUUAUUAAGCAGCACGGUGGAGUAGUUCCAUUUCCCGAAUCCAGCACAGUCUACAGAGGGCACUAUUCCACCCUUUUGCAGCAUAUAAAGAUGCCCCUUGUUCGUGAUUUUGAGGAGUGUCUCCCAAGUUUGAAGGAAGCAAGCCAGCCUGCUUGCCCAAAAGAUAAUUGCCGCUAUGUUUUCAACUCUAAAGCUGACGAGAAACGUCACAAUAUUUUAAUGAGUCACAAGAAUAAAUAGAAUGGCGGACCAUCGUCCCAAAAAGCCUCUCAAAUGUACCAUAAUGCCAUGCAGAUUUGUAUUUUUUUUAAUAUCUUUGCGUUAAAAGCCGAAAUUGUAAUAUUUUUUUGAAUAUCAAUUAUGCAACACUGUAAAGGAACCCGAGUUGUCAGUGGCAUUAUUUUAACAAGAAUGUUCAUAAACAAUUGUAAAAUCUACGUUUGUAAUUUAUUUUAUUAUUUUUGCAUGCACUGGUCACAUAUUUUUAAGAGCGUAAUUAAAUUGUUGAUAGAACACAUGUAACUGUGAGUAACAGGAAAUUUGCGUGAUAAAAUGACUAAUUACAAACCGUGCAUAUUUUGAGAAAUGAGCUGCUUAAUUAAACCUUAGCUACAGCUGGAAAUAAAUCACAAGAAUAAUCCCAUAUUUUGAAAUUUCUUUCAUGACUGAUUUGCAAAUGACGAUUCGACGUCUUUCGCCUUGCUAGACGUUUUUCGACUUUUUCGACACUUCAUAUUGACCGCUUCCCUUAGUUCAGUUGUGUCUUUUAGUCUCGCGUACGCUUCUGGAUGUUUUUGGGAUACAGAUUUCAAAAUUUUCUUCAUUCUACCCGGAGAGAGACCCUUUUUCUCGAAUUCUCUCCCAUUAUAUUUUCUCUUCCCGCCCUCAUAACUCGACUCAGCUAACUCUGGUUUUGAAUAGGAAGUUCCUACCAUGUCACACAAAUCUUUCAGACAUGCUUUGUUUUCCGUGCGCACUUUUUGUUCUUCUGCUGUCAACGGUGCCUUUUCCUUUUUCUUAUUUUUCGGGUUGGUAUUCCCAAGAGACGUUUCAGAAAUGUGCUGUUUUAUAGUGAAAUCAACCGGAACAGGAGAACGGCUUUUGGCCGGUUCGCUUUCCAAGCUGCCCCCACUUAUUGAUUCCUGACCCUGCAAAUAUUCAUCAGACAUAUCAGAUUCUACAAAAGUCGACACUUCAACUGAACUUGACAGGGGUGUACUGUGCAGAAUUGGGACAGGGCGUUCAAUAAUCUUCACGGAUUUAGCCGAACUAGUGCCGCUGCUGGGCUCAUUAACCCGUAAUAUUCCUCGUUUUUUCGCCUUUUCUUUCAAAAGAUUUGAAAUCCCCGUUAGAGUUUCCAUGAUUUGACUUUGGUUUUCUAAUAAAAGCUCUUGUUUUGCUUCAAGCCUUUUUAUGUCACUUUUGGUGGCAAAUGAUGGUUGCGAAUCGGUCACCGUCACAACAUCAGAGCUCCCUUCCCAGUCAUCAAAGUCAAAGUCAUUUUCAUACGCUGCUAAAUUUGGACUUAAAUCUAGCUCAUUGGAUACGGAUGGUGCAAUCCUUGCCAAUUCAUCCUGGUGUGUGCUCUUUGAGUCGGCUCGCUCACUUCCAGGGCUUAAGGUCUUGCACUGUUUGUCUUCUGACUGCACGUUUUCCUCAGGUUUCUUGCUUAUCAAAACCUUUGGAGACACAAUCAUACAACUGCAGUUUUUAGAGUAAAAGCCAUACAUUUCAAUUACUCUGGUCUCAGAGGUCUUUCUUGAUGUUUCUCCGCGUCAAAGAGAACGAGCCAUGAAGCGGCGAAAACGAGUUGCGAAGCGGCGAGUAAGAUGUUUCUCUGAAGCCGAGAACAAUCAUCUAGAAAAAUCUCUGGGACCAGGGUACCUUUUUGUUAAUCCAAUCGACUGGUUUCGUGUACAUGUACGGCCUGCAGUUCGUAGCCGAUACACUCGAGAAGAAGUCAAAAUCGAAAGUUGAGCUUAAGAACAUUAACAAAUCUUCACAAAUACACUGAAUAAAAAAAAUCUUUAAAAAUCUAAGUAUAAGUACAUGUGAUUGUUAUUUAUUGUCAUAAGUGUAAUUGUAAUUUAGACUUACUUUUACGGCUUAAAUUUUCUCCCCGAAACAUAAAAAUGAGAAAUGGUUUUAAGUAAUUGCAGGCAAAUUGCUUCGAGAAUUGAAUAACGCAUUUCAGGAUCCCUUGACUUUUCUUUAUCGACAUAUGAUAGUUUGUUUUUGCUUUUUUUUAGUACUGAAAAGACAGGACUGCCGGUCAUUUAGUAGUUUGAAAACCUUGAGCGGUUUACACCGGCCAUAUAGCCACAGCGAAUUAUAAAACUAUAAAUAAUAUAGUUAGUGUCCACUCAAAACCACAUUUUCCAUAUACAUAUAUUUUUUGCACUGUACCUCUUGGGCUGAAGUCGAAAUUAGACAAUUAAAAAGAUCUUAUGAGUGUAAUGGUCAGAUCCCGGGUCUGACCAAUGUACGAGUCAGCGGGUCAUGGGAAUCCAUUGAGAGCAUGCGAGCUAUAAAGAAGCGAGUCAUGCGAACAUGAGAAAAUGUAUUUAAAAACUGCAGGUGAACUACUUGACCAUAAAAAAUACUCCUUUCCAUACUAAUAUAAAUACUUGACCAUUUUCACACAAAACAAGCUAUGCUUGUGACGCUUUUAUCGUUAUUUUUUGGAACUGAAAGGCGCACACAACACUACCCUAACUGACACAUUUUCUAAACAUCUCUCUUCAGAACUGCACGGAACAACGCGAGACGUUUUUAUUUUCUUUGUAGACAAUUUUUGUUCAGCAGUUUUACUGUUUACAAAAAAUUCAAGUACAAUGAAAGGACUCGCUAGCUCGCUUAUUGGUACAACUGAGAGUUGACGUCUCCUGGCGCACAUGAAUCGCGUGCCUUUGCACAUUAGCCAGACCGGAUUUCAAUUAACAUCUAAUUUUCAUUUCAAGUAAAUUUCCAUGUUAACAUUGUAAAAUCUCUUAAGGCUACUCAAUUUUGUUGCUGUUGAAUGCUAAAUGAUUAAAGUGCAAAAACCUGUAGGGCUGAAUAUAAUGUUUGGCUUAGAGAUAUAUGCUUCGCUUAACCGAAUGAACCGCAGAUAUUCAGAGACACAUUAGCGAUAAAUGGAGAUAAGGCUUACAUUUUGCUUGUUGGCUCCUUCUUUGAUAAUCUCCUGCUCUUCUUCGGACGUCUCAUCAUCAUCAUCAGGAAAGCGAUGCUUGUUCCUCGGAUCUUGCAGGAAAUUGAUCGACAAGCGAUCUAGAUUGCUCUUUUCAUCUGUAAACGUUCAGUAUACAGAGACAUGAAUGAGUUGGUCAAAACUUUAGGCAAACAGGCUAUUUAGCAACAGGUUACGGUGGGAAGUUCUGAAAUCCAGUAUUCAAUGUACAGGAAAAUGGAAUAAAACAGUUCUGAAAUACUGAGUCGCUUUGGGAGCUCGGUCGAGAAUCAAGGAAGCAUCGGAUACCACUAAAAGAAGUGCGAGUCAAGAGGGCUAAAAUGAAAGAUACGACUUACCAUCGACAGCGAUGAUCUCUGCUGUUAGGACUUCCUUGCCGAAGUAUACUUCAACGAUACUUCCCUCGGAGGUGUUGUCACCCUGAACUACCUUCUUCACCUUGUUUGAAGGUAAAAUACUUAAUGUCUUAUCAAUUUCAAAGUAAAAAAGUCCAUAGCGGGGAACCUUGAGACGAGAUCUAAAACUAGACAUUCUGUCUGGAGAUUCAGUUCGCUGACUUCACUUCGCAACUUCCAAUUUAUUUGGAAGUAUGUUUCAAAACCAAAAAGCCACUUUUUUAUACACUCUUUCAAAUGCAAGUUUGCGUGUUAGGUAAAGCGUGCGUGUUAGGUAGGCUUUAUCGUGUUUCCGAUCUUCCACUAACCAAAAAUAAAGUGGUAUCUGGUCAGUUUGUAAUUCUUCUUCUUUUUUUCGCAAUUCUUUUUUAAUACAUACUACGCGGGGAAUUACUUUGUUUUUCUGGGAGACAGUAUUUAGUACUAAACCACCCGCGAAAUCAAGGGUUCUUACUACUUUUCUCAAUGGAAUUGGUUGUGGAAAUAAAAUUAUAAACAACAACGCAUGCUAUACACGAAGGGUUUAUUAUCAUUUCGUGACAGAAAACCAGUUCAUGACAAGCCCAUUGCAAGGGAAGACCGGAAGGCUAUUAGUGUGAUCUUCUGGAGGUGAAAACAACUUUCAGUUUUCCUCUUUCUGGUAACAUGGCAAGUAAGCCUUUAACACCCCAAACAGCAGCCAUGGCGUCGCUGAGAGAGUUCGAAAAUGCUCUGGAGUCGUUAAAGAGUGCGUUUUGUUUAUAUGCCGAAUGCAAAGACUUGUCCGAUCCCUACGAUGACCAUCAACAACCGCGUAGGAACGAGCUGCGACGAACAUUCGAACGUAAGUUUUAAUACUCAGGCUCGAAUGUCAAAAGUCUCAAAAGGAGAGUUGCUAGUCAACCCGCAAAGCUAUGGUUCGUACACCUUCAGGCAAAUAAAUUUCAAGGACUUUUUUAGCUGUUUUCAAGGACUAAGAUUUCUUCAAAAAUUAAAAAUCGGCAUUUUUAACCCCCUUUUGAACUCCUCAUGCAUGGCUAUAACACGUCAUGAAGUCAUUUACGAUUUUUACUUCCCCAACCACAGUUGAUCACAUUAUUUUUUUACCACCCGCAACAACACUUUGCAAAGUAACUUGCAAUUGCAUCUGAGGUACAGAAGGAGCAUUUCAAAGAAACAAUAAAAAAAUUGAAAUAAAAAUUGUUCUCGCACAAAAAUGUUUUUACUUUAACUCUGAGUUUUACAGGUUCUUACACCUAGGAUGAACCAAAUUUUCCUCGGCAAAAAGACCUAGUUCAAGAUUGUAGGAACCAUGAAAACGCAACGAUAGUAAUACAGAUACCAUCGUUUUGUUCAUUAUCAGCAUCUAGGAACGUACCUCGACGGAAAAAAUGAAAACAUCUCAAUGUAAAUAAGUGUAACACACAUUUUAGCUCCCUCGGCAUCCAAUUGUAAUAACCUAGCGCAAGUACUUUGUAAUAAAGAACGCUAUCAUCUUUAUUGGGCCUCUUAAGUUUCCUAUAGCAUAAUACAGCUUAAAAUUCGAGGAAACUAUUCAUUAUACAGAGUUUCGAAUUUAGCUGUUCAUAAUAAUCCCAUGCAUUAUUUUCCUAAACAGUUAUCAAGAUUGGUGUUGAUGCCUUGAAAGAACUGAUUGAGGUGGAUCAAGUGUUCAGAGUGUCUGAUGAUGAGAGUGAUGAACAUUAAGAAAAGUUUCCCUCUUGCCUCAAGGCUAUCAAAAUACUAAGGCCAAUGCAAAGUGAACCACUGAAAAGACCAAUGUAAUAACCGUCAACCGUGUUUUCUGCAUUAUUUUCAAAAGGACAUAUUAAUUUUGAGACAUUUCAAAUGAUGGAAACACUGACGUGCACAUGGGAAAAAAAUCAAUCUGGGAAUGUAAAGUUUCAUUUUGUAAUAAUUAAAAGCGCUUUUGGAAAUUGUCAAAGUGAACAAAAUAAAAAGUAGGCUGAAUGAAACAAUCGUAUUUUUAAUGACGGGAUCUUGUGCUAUUGCAGGACAAAAACAAUCGUUAUUGAAGAACACUGCAAAGUGGCAGAUGGCAAACGAAAACAACCUGGGCGACUGAAGAAAAUAAAUGUCACCUUUCAGUUACGAAAGCAGAAGAAAGCAAGUGAAAUUAAUUGUGUGAAUGAGCUAUUUUAUUUUUUAAGCUCGUGAAAAAAGUAGAAAAAACAAACAAACAAACAAACAACUAAAACCUAGACUGUGGCAAAUUUACUAAAUGGAAUUCAGACUGCACGUGAUAAUUGUCUUUGAGCGAUUGUCGGACGGCAAAGUCAUAAAACAUCAAGUGAUCCGUAAUCCGAACGACACGAUAUCAACAUCAACUCUACAUUCAAUACACGCUAUUAACACAAAGAGGGCGAAACACCCCACUGGCUCAGAUCCAUACUAUCAUUUCCUUUAUUUCUCUCGAGAGCCGCUCGUUUCACAAGAAUACUGUUCUUGUUGCCUCAUUUAUUCGCAUGAAUGGUUGAAAAAAUUUAGUCAUGCCAAAAGCAGUGCUCCAAGCUCAAUGAAGAUAAGGUUACGUGAUGUAUGUGAAUCUGUCGACGGAGGGCACGGACCAUUACAAUCUAGUCACGAAAAGGAUCGGGCUUCGACUUGAAGAAAGCAAAAAAAAAAAAAAACGAUAUAACAUGCGGAGAACAUGCCUCAUUUUCAUAUUUUCAUAUCGUGCUCUAAAACUGCAUUUUUUUAUUUGCCAUUGUGUUCCUUCCCUGCUAGCUGAGGUCUUGACGUGCGUAAAACAAAAGACAUUGUUUACAUUCGGCGAUCAGCAAACAACUCAGGGCCAGUAUGUUUCCUAUAUCGGCUUCAGUGCAUAUUUUGGUUUUGUGCGAACUUUCAUCUGCAAAAUCGUCACCAACAACGUACAUGCUUUUCCAACGACAUUAUACAGAUGCAAAUCGAUUUCCCCAUUUCGUUGGAGGAACGUGUCUUCACUAAUUGUAACAAAUUUCUUGUACAAUCUCUUCAACUGUAACGUGUCGGCACGAAAAUUUUUUCCACCGAAGGCCGAUCAUUUUUUCCGCCAUAUUAUUCACCUCCUGCAGUUGUAGAGCUCAUAAACAUAGAAUAUUCAACGAAAUGAUGACAUUUACGACUUCGUAUUUUUUGCAUGAUCUGCAGGUAGAUCUAGCGUGAUAAUGAGCUUGACCUUUACGAACUUAUUUUUUACGAACAUGAUCUAAUUUCAGUUGAUGUACUGACGUGUACAUGUGUCGGAUGUUGACCUUUCGGAAUUCCGAUACCACAAAUCCGAUAAACCACUGAUGAUCUACCGAUUUGAUCGGAAAUGUGUACUAAAAUUUCCGAUAUGACGUCCGAACAAUCGGAAGAUCGACCUUCCGAAAUUUGGAGAUGCUCCCUAAAGGUCCUUACUGUUAGUCAAGUUGUCAGUUUGUUCAGUCACUCAUUUGUUGUCAUUUUUGCUUGAGUUCUCAAUGAGUCAUUUGCAAGGUACAGAUAACAGCUAACUUUGAUUCAGAGGUGUUUGUCCUAUGAUAUUAAACAAGCCUUCCUAAGUAAGAUUUUGGUAGUAGUUUGUAGAAUGUAUCCUAACAUUUAGUUUUUUGCUCUCCUCCCAGUCUGCCCUCUGGGCUGUCUUUGUCUUUGACAUUAAUUUGUAAGUAGUUGUUGUAAAGUGAUCAUUGGUUUGUGUGUAACAUACAAUGCUGUUAGGUUGUAGGAUUCCUGUAAUAGUUUCAGAGUUGCCUCUCACAUAAGGAAUAGUCACUGUCAUAUAAACAGGGUGAGAGUUAACGUGGGACUGAGUGUUGAGGUCGGAGGUGUUGUAACAAAGUCCGGUUUGUAGUUGUUUUUUCUGAAAAUGUUGUUACAACUUUUUUAACAUUGUUUUAAAUAAAUCUUGUUUUAUUAAUUUGAUAUUUUCUCUAAACAGGUGUCAGUACAUAAUGGCUGGAAGUUUGUCAGUGACCCUCACAUUGUCUACCUGGAGCCUGAGUAUGAGGGAGGAAAAUCAGGCAAAAAAUCAGCUGCAUCCCAGUCAUCUUUACAUGGUAACUUAGGAGUACCCUUUAUUUUACACAGUACUCUCUUGUUUGCAUGGUACAUUUAUUUUUAAAUUGAGCUUUGUUGAGCUUUAUUUGUGACUCAUCAUUAAUUUUUUCAAUGCAAAAAUAAUGCCAAGUAGAGUUAAAUUGAGGGAAAUCUCAAAGUAUCAAUUUUUAGGUUCCAGUAAACUUGAAAGAUUUAUAAGAAAGGGAGAGAUUGACAUAAAUUCCAAAGAGGGAUCCAAAGUUUUCAAGAUGCAGAAACCAUUAAUUUAAUUAGUGUUGGACUGUUGUACAUCAAUCAUUUUUUUCAGGUAAAAUUAUUUCUUUGGUUCUGCGUAGUCGACUAGAGCUUAAGGAACUUGUUCAUCACCCCCUGUUUGCUAUUGUAUUUGAACUGGAGUAUGUUAUGUCUGAGCCAUUUGCUCAACCUCUGAUUGAGACCAAACGAAAAAAGGUUGGUAAUAUUACUGUCAGUAAAAACCUGCGAGUUUACUAUAACUGUUAACUGUUACCGACAGUCACAGACAAAAGUAGUUGCGAAGGUUGUACAACUUAAUAGUAGUCCAUUUUAAUCCUCAAAAAAGAGAGUUUUCCAAUUUGCUAACUAUCCCCCGUCCCCCCUAUUCAAUGUUGGGAUAUAACAGAAUAAUUAAGCGCACAAACAUUAACAUUUUGCUCAACAUUGGGCCAGGGGCGGGGGGAGGAAGAAAAAAAGAGAUUAAAAAUGCAACCUUCUCAACACUUUUGUCAAUGAUUGUAGGUACAUGUAAAGGGACAGUCAACUAAGGUUAAGGUACUGCAGAGUUAAGAUUUGUUAAGCAUUAUUUUUGUUCAAGAUACUUUGAAUUACAGAGGUGUCCGAGGAGGUACAUUGUAUUUGCAAUAGUCCUGCUCAGGUUUUUUCCUUAUUCUAUUAUAGAUUUGUUCUUAGUCAUCUCCUCAGAUUACACAAUCCCAAUUUACAUGACUUGUACUGUAGUUGUUUUACACACAAUGUAUUCACCUACAUGUAUGGUGUCUUUUCACUCAUUUUUUAAAAUGAAGAUGUUUCUCAGUCAGUAAGUUGUCUUAGGCAAUGACUUGUGAUCACUCCUGCCAGUGCUUACCAGAAAAAUGCUUUAAAUCCCAAGGGAUUUUAGAUGUACAGUAUCAUAUGUUAACUUUUGAGUGGGAAAUCAGUUACCUAACAAAACUUAAUGAAAAUUUGACCACUGCCACUCAGCAUUACCAGUUGCUAGGAAGUACAUUCUUGUACAUCUGGGGAAACAGUUGAUUCAUGUUCUUGGUCAUGUGGUACCACACUGUAUUGAGGUAUUUUGGCAGUUGGUGUUUGCUAGUGGAUAUUAGUAAAAUCCAACUAGUGUCUGUUAUCAAUGGCAUUAUUAUGCUGCAUUCUGAUUGGUUGAGCUACUACUAGGCUAUAUGUUAUAACCCACUAGUAGUGAAAAGUACUGGCUUGAAAACCAAAACAAUGUUUGGCUGAAUCGCGUUUUGCUAGCUAAAGUUGUUUUGUUUCGAUAUUUUUGACCAACUAGUUGGAUUUUACUAAAACAAUAAUUCCUCUCGCUCUUGUGGCCUCUGAGUCAAUAGCCCAUUCAACCUUCGGCCUCAGGGGCUAUUGACUCAGAGCCCAUUUGGGCUCGAUGAAUAAUUGUUAAUUAUUAUCAGUGUUAGUCAUUGAUACAGCUGUAAUAUGGUUACAAACCCAACAUAACAUUACUAUUGAUGCAUUGUGUGUUAGCCAUCCUUGUCUGGAAGUUUAAUGCGAUCUCAGAAUCAAACUGUAACCUUGCGUUGGGCUUUGUGGCUUCCAUUUGAUGGAGAGGGUCUAAAUGAGAGAGAGAGAACACUUGAACUCAGUGGAGGCUGUCAGGGAUUUCCAAGCAAUAGGCUUGUGUACACAAAGACUUCUCCACUUCCAUCAGGAAAAAAGGUACGAGUUCCUGUAGCCGGGAGUGUAUAGCAAAUAUAGUACUCGCCACGGUUGUUAACUGGUUACUUUUUCACAGCUACUAGCUUCUUUAUCCAGAGGCAUGUGGGGGUAUGUAGUAUAAAAAGUUCUGAUGCACUGCAGUACUCAGAGGAAAAUGUGGUUAAAAAAAAGGUCGUCUGAGUAAAUUGAUGGAUGAAUGUAAGACUGUACAUGUAUUGCAAAGGUCCUUUCCUGUUUGCCUAUGAUAGCAUUAAAUUUCCAAUUCUGCCCUAUCACCUUAACGUAUACUCUCACAGAAGCGCUCUGCACUCAGGAUAUACAUGUUGCUGGCGAGAAAGGAGUUUAGAGUGAUCAUUGCCACUCCCCAGUACAAUACUUAACUGGUCAUUUUCUAUUCCAAGGUACCCAAGUCAGGUGGAACUCUGAAGUUCCUCUUCACUCAGCAGCACAGAAGAACCAGCAGUGUGCAUUCCUCAAUUCAGGGUUCUCAGAUGCUGAUGGUACCAACUUCACCUGGCCUACCUUCUCCUGGUCCAUUUGAUAGCAAUGCUUUAGUAGAUGGUGUACAACAAGGGAUACCAUUAACACCUGGGCUGGCAUCCAGGCCUCCACGACCACCAGUACAUAGGUAAAUGAAACAAACUACACUAAAAAUUAUUUUUAGAGAGGGUGACACUUGACAGUUCCAAGAUCUGAUAAACCUGUUAUGUUUAAUACCAUCCAUGGUUUGCUCAAGGUUAGAUCUCAGCAAGCUGUCCCACCAGCCUUCUCAGGUAUAAACUUGACAAGGAAAUAAGGCAUGAGCUAAGCCAGCCUGAUAAAGCAGCCCAGCCCAGCCCAGCUUGCCAGGCUUGCUUACCUCAUAUAUUCAGGCCCUAGGAGUCCCUAACUAGUUGCAAACACUUUCUAGAUUGAAUUUGAAUUUUGAGUGUUGGUUUUAGAGGAGAGGGGAAAACUGGAGUUUACAAAGAGAAACCUGUUAUCAGAAGAGAACUGACAACAGACUCAACCAAAAUAUGGUGUUGAUAUCAGGACUCAAACAACAGCACAGUUCCUGCUCAAGUAAAUAAUGCCUCUUUACAGAACAUCGAUGAACCUUGCAAUGUAUGAUUUUGUACACCUUUUUUGCAACAGUUUUUUACCCUCUGUGUUAGGAUGUCAGAUGAUUAUCCAGCUGUACCACCAAGAGAGUCUGUUUCGCAGGUAAAUGUUUGAAUGAAUCCAGUGUAAAUUAUAUUUAAGCAAUAGAAAACGCUUUCCAUAUUUGCAUAGCCUGCCAUAAAUACAAGAGGGUGUUCGUCUCAGGUUUGCAAAACUAUCGAGAAUUUUCCCAACUACUCAAGUGUUUAUAUCAGGCUAUGGAUGUUUUCUAUUGCUUUUGUAAAAUACCUUUCCCAAGAAAAAGCAAAACUCUUUAUUUAUGGCACUGAUUAAAACAGAAAUUCAUGCCAGUCAUGAAAUGUUGUACACAAAGUUUUGUAUGCGAAAUCAGUACUUGUUUUGAAAAAAGAUGCUUUCCAAAAUACAGGUUUUUCUCAUUUAAAAUGUCAGCUUGAGCAGAAAAAAAUUGACACAGUGUGUUGUUAAGAUUUUCCAAGUUUCAGCCAAUGAGGAAAAAGCUAAAUAAUGUAAACUUAGAGUUUUGAUCUCAAAACCUUUUUCAUAUUAUUUUGUGCUUGCAAUAUUAGCACAUGCACAGCAAAACAUCUCGUCAUCACCGCUGUGUUUAUGUAAUUAUUCUCAUGCAAACAUUCCUUUUGGCCAAUCAGAGUGAGCGUACUGACGUCUCCAAAUUUGAAACUAAGAAACUAUUGCUUCCUCUGAGUGUCUUCUUCCAUUAGGUAUUACAGCACCUAAACACUUUAUCUAAUACAAAUUUACUGUUCAAAAGGGUUCUUUGUUUUGUAAGAAAGGACGAUUGAAUUUUCAGGCUUUUGCGUGGCUUCGUAGCAUGUCUGUAAAGUAGCUAAUUAGCUUUAAACAUUGACCACGUUAAAUAAAGGGUAUUGUAUUGUAUUGCAGCAUUUAGCUGGCAGCCUGGAAACCUAUUAAUGAGUUUAUGCAACAGGACAGCAGGAAGAAGAGGACAACAAAAUGCUUGUGCGUGACAAAUGUGACGGGGCUAUUACGUGCGUGUUUUGUCAUGAUCUUCACCUAACAUUAGUGUUUCCUGGUCUCAAUGAAAUGAUCUGUUUAAAGGAGAGUGAAGUUUGGCAACAGGUUAUUUCAAACAAAAUUAUUGUCAUGCUUGUCACACAAGGUUUGCCAUCUUCGUUCCUCUCCCGUCCUGUUGCAUAAGUUCACUAUUUUAAAAACGUUACCGAUUUUUUGAGAUUUGCUAUCUAAACAUUCCUUGUCUCAGAAUGAUUAUAAGUUUAAUCUUUAUGAGUUCCUCAAACAAUGAAUUCACCAUUUGUAGGAAAAAUCAAAGACAGAUGAUUCUGUUUGUUCCCGGCAGCCAUGUUUGUGCCCCUCAAAGGGACACAAACAUGGCAUCUCAGCAUGCAAAGAAAGUCGUGUCCGAUAGCCCGGGGCUAGUGGAUUCUGCUAUUGGGCAAGUGAAUUCUGUUUUUAACUUGCCCGAUGGGCAAGUGAUUUUUUUUGAGGAAUUGGAAUAACAGAAAUUAAUUCUGCUUAUCAAAAAGCUUUUGGGGCUAGUUGAAAUGACAUCUGGGCUAGUAAAUUCUAGGUUCAGCUUGUCCAAAUGGCAAGUUUUAAAAAUGAUUUUCUUUGCACCCUGCGUCUCCAUACAAAGCUUUAUAAAUUUGGGUUAAAUGCUUUUCUGCAUAUCUCGCAUAUGAAAUAUCGCACAGGAAUCUUCUUUUAUUUCCCAGAUUCUGGACUUUCUGCAUUGAAUGGUUUGCAUUCUUAUUUUUGAUGGCAUGACAGUAAAAACAGAGAAUAAAAUGAUUUUAUUGUUUAUUAAUGAGCCCAUUAUACAUAAUGUUACUUCACAGUUUCUGGCUUUCUGCCUUCCUGUGCAAGUGGCUCAAAACAUGUCUAGUAUAACAUUCUUUCAAAGGCAAUAUUAAUUUAAGUAUUGCGUUGGGCUUUUGUACAAAAAGAUGCAUGUAAUCUUUUAGAAUUUAACACCUUCUAGAUAACAUUUCAUUAUUAUGUUUCACCACUUUUUAUUGAUCCUUUUAUUUCUAUUUUUACUUUAGUAUACCCCUGUAAUCCCGCGCCCAGGUGCCCCCAGUCCUGUGACUCACUUGUCUGAGAUGCCAUACAGCACAGUUCACUCACCUUUAAUUCUCACAGGAACAGGACAAGGGCAGUCAAGGUAAUGACUUUCAGAAUAUUAAGAAAUCCUUUUUAACUUUUCUUCCCUUGGACACUGACUAUACUUUUUUUUAGCUCUGAUACAGUUACCUUUUAGAAAAGUCUGAUGUACUAUGUUUACAAAAGGUGAUAGGUAAAAAAAAAAUGAGAAGAGCGAAAGCAACCUCUUGAUAAUUAUUGACCAGUACAUCUUAAAAGAUGCAGGCAUGUACUUUUAUUACUAAAAAUUCUGCAAACAAAUUUGUUUCAUUCUUUAGUGGCCCAACAACAUUAUCUCGAGCUGCCUAUGCUAGACUCUCCAGUGCUGGAUUCCCAUCAAUUGUUGAUCGUCAUGGUAACCCUCCACUGGUUAUUGAUCCCAAAGAGGAACUGUCAUUUAACUUAGAAAAUGAAGGAGUGGAUCAACUUCUUGGCAAUGAGAUUAUUAUCCAGUUUUUAGCACUUUCAAGGUGUGUUUCAAAAAAUAAAGAAUAUGAAAGCGAAGAAUGAUCAUCGCAGUAAAUUUUCCAAUUUAAGCAAUUGGAAAGAAGAAGCCUGAAAAAAAUCAGGGCUUCAACAGGAUUCGAACCCGUGACCUCCGUGUUGCAGGUGCGUUGCUCUACCAACUGAGCUAUGAAGGGAGGGAGGUCAAUUUAUUGAGUUCAUAUCUCCCGUGAGGAGUGAAAUGAUGAGAAGUAUAUGAAAUAAUUCAUUUUUGAACUGCGGUAGAAGAUGAAAGUGAUUAUUUCAUAUACUUCACACCAUUGAUCUCUCAUUUUCAGACAAGAGUGAUCGCAAGAAGGAGAAAAGCACGGUUUCCUUUAUGCAUAAGCAGAAUAUUAUUUGCAGCCAAACUCUGUUGGACAGCAUUGCACCUGAGCAGACCAUUGUUUGUAGGCAGUCAUUUGCAGGUCACGUGGUGGGCUCUCGGCCAAUGAAAAGAAAGAAAAAUUUGCUUCGAAUGAUAGUAAUGCUUGCAUGCAGUUUAAUUUGCAUAUUUAUUAUCAUUAAUAUAUUGUAUUCUUACAUUCAUUAUACUUUUUUAAGGUGCUACAACAGGACAGCAUUUUUCUCAUUCCAGUUUUACCGUUUCCCUCAAGUUACCACUGAAAGGUGUGUUUAAAUUUACUGUGGUUACAAUUUUCUGCAAUCAAUUUUUAAUGUUGUGGUAAAAGUUAAACUCUUGUUUUGAUACAGUAAUUAUCUUCUUUUAUGAGACUUCAUUCUUUUUCAUCACUAACUAGGGUGCAAAAAAAGUCAUGGUCAUUAGUCCCCCUCCCUCCUCAAAAAAAUGACAAGCUGGAUUAACAAUAAUUUAUUUUUUAAAUUGACUAAUAACACCAUUAGCUAAUUAAUUACCUGCUUUUAAUUAUUAAUUCAUUGAAAUAAUGCAUGAAAGUACAAAUUUCAAUUUGUCACAUCAGCUGGAAAAACAGCUUUUGUUCGACACAAAUUUAUUUGAAAUGUUAGCAAUUAUUUGUCUUACAGUAUUUUGUUAAUUUGAAUUCCCACAGAAAACUAUACUUCCUGGAGCAGGCAAUUGAUAAAAAUUGGUAGCAAUCAAGUAAUUUUUAUUGAUUGAUAAUGGAAAUUGGUGAAAAUCGAUAAACUAAAUUGCUGUGUCAAAUUGAUAUUAUUGAUUUUUCAUGAUUUUAAUGAUCUAUAAGGUAAGUCAGCCACUGUUCUUUUUUUGCAUGAGUUAGAUAGUACAGUGGAGAAGACACAUCUGUGAGUAACAUCUGAUCAACAAACAUUAAGAUGAGGAAUGUGAAACUAUUACACACACCAGUUUCUCUCUAAAACCCUUUAUUUUGUACAAAAUAAUAAAAACGGUUCAGUUUAAUUACAUUCAGUUCUCACAUGCAAGUAUCAUGAAAAAUACAAAGUUAAGAUAUCCCACAAACCUGGCUAAUAGCAGCCAUCAGAAGAAGAUUCUAAACCUGGUUUUAAGAAAAAAUAAGAGUUUUUUAAAAAGUGAUAAUUGUUUGAUCCUUCGACUUCAAUUGCAACUCAAUUGUCAACAAAUUUACUGUUUGCAUGAAAUCAAGGUAAAAUCAAGAUAAAUCGAUAAACGUCAUUGAUUUCUACCAAUUGAUCAAGACAAUCCAUAUCAAUCAAAUCAGAUUUACCAAUUUUUAUCGACUGACUACUCCAGGUAUUCUUGCCCAUUGCCAGGCAUCACCAGAUGGAUUGCAAAUUCCACCAUUCCCAGGCUAUCAAACAUUUCUUUCUUUGCACACUGAGUAACGGGUACAACAGUGUUACUGAAAACCUGUCUUGCAUCAUGCAAUCGUUCCUUCAACACUUAAUAAAAAAUACCUAACCUUCAUCAAUUUUGAGAUUCUAAACCUAUGUUGUACUCCCCUUGUUGUGGAGAAUGAGUGCUCAUACCCCAUAAAGGUGUUUGUUACUGUACAAAGUAUGAAGUGUUACAUGGCUUCUUGAUUUGGUGAUCAAAUAGCAUGUCAGGAUCUCUUCUCUUGCUGCCGCUAUAUCAGAAUACAAGAAUACCCAGGAGGUGUUAUGUAAAGGGUUUUGUCACAAGCAUAUUGUUGUUCUUAUGUCAAUUCUGUGCUAUAGUGAUAAUUAGUACCUCUAUCCAUACAAAAAAGAGGGUCGUGAAGGGGUAAAAUGGGAACUGGGAUUAGCCUUAUUGUGGACUGGGAAAAUGGGAUUUACUCACUGGGGCUGGGAUUUAGCCACUGGGAAUGGGAUGAAGAAUUAUAAAAUGGGAAUGGGAUUUCUUUUCUUCAGCGGUCUUUGCUCCAAUAUUUUGAAAUAGAAAAAUAAAAUUUCGUAGCAAUAGACCUUGCACUCCUCAGUAGAGACCGUGAAAUCAGUAUUUUUCGCCUGCGCGCCCGCGGUCUAGCUACCAGGCUUACACGGUUGCAUAGUUACAUUCUGUCAGUUUUCCUGGUCAGCGGACAAGUUCGGCAAGUUUGCAUAUGGCUGGAAGAUAUUAUGAAGGGAAGAUAAAAAUGGCUUCGGAAUAGGUUUCUCGCAAAAUGGUACUAGAAAUCAAGUACGUCAAUGCAAAUAACGCCGUUAUACACACCGAAAACUUUUAGAUUUGGUAACUGGGAUUUUGGCAAAAAUUAGCCUGGGAACUGGGAUUUGGGCCAAAUUUAGGCUGGGAACUGGGAUUUGGUACCCCCCUUCACAACCCUCAAAAAAUGCCCCUGUAGUGAAUGUGAUAUGAGGAUUAUGCAUCAUUUAAGCAAAUUUUAUCGGGGAGCACCAACAAUAGUAAUUUGUUAGGUUAUUUUUGUAGGCCUAGCAUGACAAUAAAAAAAAAUGGCCUAAAGUUUUAAUCCACGUCUAUGCUUGCCAUCUGUAGCAACGCAUGCAACAGGAAACAGUUUUGAUGCCUAAAUAAUAGUCUUAAACAAAAAACAAUUGGACCAUACAUUAUUUUUGAUAAGACGACAUGUUUUAGAUUUUUGAAAAGAUAGUAUUGAUUGUAGGUUUGUGGGUUACGUUUUAUCUGUUUUCUGUGCUUUGUUUCUUUUUCUUAUCCCAUGAUUUUACAUUCUCUUCAAUAGACCUCUUUACCGAUACGGCGGCCAUACUGAAUUAAUUUAUUAUUGAAUUAAGUAUCAUAGGAUGCCCAGGGGGCAUGAGCACAUUUCGUUUGUAUUUUGGAGUGCUUUUCGGGACAUUUUUUCGUAAAGUUCUCUUAGAAUAAGAUUUUAAUGGGAAAAAAGAUCCUUGUGCCGUGUUUGGAUGUAACAAUGAUCGCCUUUUUCUAGUUUAGUAUUAGAAAUAUGGUCUUUCACUGUAUAUUUCUCGGGAAAAAGGGGAUCAUUAUUACAUCCUGAACACAGCACAAGGAUCUUUUUUCCCAUUAGAAUCUUAUUCUAGGUAAACUUUAAGAAAAAAUCUCCCGAAAAGCGCUUGAAAAUACAAACGAAAUGUGCUCAUGCACUGGGCAUCCUAUGAUACUCCUUAAAUCGAAUCAAUUCAAUAUGGCCGCCGUAUCGGUAAAAAGGUCUAUUGUGGUGACAAAGUGAUUUCAAAUUCAACAAUUCGAUUCAAAUUAAUUCAGCAUUAUGUUCAGUGAUUUGACUGCAGAGCAUUCAGAUGUCUGCUUGGGCUGUCAGAGAUUACAGUCCUAUGACCUUAAUAUAUCCUUCACUCUUUAGAGUUUAUCUAAAGGAUACUGAUGGCCAGUCCCAAAGUAUUCCUUGUGUGCUGCAGAAGUUUAACAAAGAUGGAUCACUAUCAGAUGAAUUGCCUGGACUUAUGGUGAGAUAUCACUCAUCCCGACUGAUACAGUCAUAUUUGUUAACACAUUUGAUACCUUCUGUGGUGUAAAACUGAACAGACACAGCAAAGUGGAGUAUGUUUGAUUUACACAACUGACACAAUACCACCCACUGGCUAAACCCUCGCAGGGUUGACCGUUCUAAGAUAUUUUGUUCUCCGGUAUGGACAUUUUUGAAGUUGUGAAGAACAAUUUUAUUGCCUCCUUUGCUUUUUUCCUCACGUUUACUUUUGCUAAUGACCCCCACUAAACUUUUUUGAGGCCUUCACUUGCUUAGUCUGUAAUAAUUUCUCAAACAUUUUUCACUCAUAUUUUAUAUUACUUCAGCUGUGCGUCUGUACUCUGUUAGAUCUUGGGCUACAAAAAAUCACAGUACCUGGAGCGUUAAGUAGAUUUUAUAAAUCUAUAGCUGUAUGGACACUGUAGAUUGGCCCAAUAUUGAGCAAAAGUCCUCCUGAGUAGUUCUGUGUGUUAGAAUAAAAAUUGGAGUUACUGUGCUGCUUGCUAGUCUAUCUAGUUGCAGUAUAAAGCUAGUAGAUCUUUGAUACAUAUACAGACAGCUGAGAAGUGUUGUAUGUCUCCUACCUUCAAAGCACAGCAAUAUUCUCAUGUUUUGUUUGAUGUCAUGUAUUUUUUGUAGUUGCGAUAUUUGGUAGAUCCUUCAUAUAUGCAACCUGGAGAGGUCCGUGUGUUUAGUCAAUAUUUACUGGGGCAGGCAUUGCAUAUUGAUGUGUGGGAUGGAGACUCUCUCGUUCUGAUAGGCUCUACGUCACUACAGCUAAAGGUAAGAAGAAAACAUCAUGAUAUUCAUAAAUAUUGAUAUGCUGCUCAGCUGUAUCCCUUUUUUUAAAAUUGAACCGGUUAUUGUCAACAUGUCACGCAAACCAGAACAAAUUUAGUCAAAAUAGUACAGUUAAUUCACUUCUUUGAUUGUUUUAUCAGCAUUUGUUACGUCAGGGCCGCGAAGCUGUGGUUGUAGCACAUGAACUGGAUGUGGUAUCCACUGAGUAUUCUGAAGAGUCUCCAAUGCAAGCUACAGAUAUGGUAUCAGCACUAAUUAUUUACUGUUUUUAUUGUUAUGAUUUUCCAUGUAACCAUGCAGUUUAUGUGCGCCUGUAUUUAGGUAUGCCAGAAUAAAAUCAACUUCGUUCCCAGGGUCCUCUCCUACUCCCGAGGACGAGUAGGAGAGGAACCUGGGAACAAGGUUGAAUAUAUUAAAUAAAUUUUUCAAAUAAGUCAAAUCGCUGACUGAGGCUGAGAAAAAAUCAUAGUAGCGAGAGAAAAUACUGAUAUCUCCUUAGAUAAGAUGCCUGCGGUGUCCAUUCCUUCUGAAAUCUUUAUAAUGUUAGCUCUAGUACCUAUCAAUACAUAGAAUUCUAGCUAAGGAUAAUAAUUAUGCAGGAAGGAAACCAGACCACAACCAAUGGCUUAUUAAUUCAAAUAAGAAUGACAAGCUGAUGAUUAAAAUGUAUUGACAGCUGAAAUCAUACAAUGAGAACUACUUAGCUUUAGCAUUUGUUACCUGACUGACUGGGUAGUUAAUAGGCCACUUCCGAGUUCCAGAAACCCUCACUUUCAAAAUGAGGCUACGUGCACAACCUUUCUUGUGAAAAUGAGUUUUAUUUGCAUGAGAAUGAAAAAUGAUUUCCAUAUCAAAGGCUGUACAUCUACCCUCGUUUUGAAACAGAGGCCCGGGGGAACUCGUAAAUGGCCUACUUACUUUACGCCUUCUUUUGCCAUUUUUAGACUCGUACUGGCACCAUAAGGCCUCUGGGAAUCAAGUCUGCUGUAGAGGGGAAGUUACAUCUUCGUCUAGCAAAUAUUGGUCACCCAAGUGAAGGACCAAAGGGCAAACUUGGUUUGUAAAGUGUCCAUUGUUUUCUUGUGUUUGCCAGUUCCAAUUUGUUGGAUGUGGCCAAGGAGCCAAAUCAAAGAGUUGAAUAUGAGGAGUAGAACACUGGUGGCGGGAGUUAUAAGGAUUGCCGUUAAAUGAAGGGCGGACUUUCAAAACAUUGUCAUUACAGAGAUUUGUCAUAACACAUAACCACUUCAAAAACAAAAGUUUGUCUUGGUCUUGUUACUGGAUAGAUAGAAGAUGUUAAUUAUAAUAGUCUGAUUACUUUGAUCUGCACCAGGUACAGUUCCCAAGAAACGUUCCACUGUUGUUAUGUCAGAAACUGUCAUGAGAGACAAUGGGUCUGUUAAUGGUUCGGGAGGUAAGCAACAACGCACAAAGCUACUCGAAUUGCGCGCGAUCGUUUCGCCCGAAAGUCAAUUCCCCCACGGCAUUCGCCCUGACUUCAGUCGAUUCGCCAGAUAACAUACAACACGGUCAACGUUCCUAUCACAGUUCAACCGUGAUAGUUUAGUUUUAGCUACGCUUGGAUUCCACAUGUACAGUCACCGUCUUUUCACACUUAUUCUUUUUCAGGCUAAAAGAAAGACAAAUACACAUUGGCGAAUCACGUCCGGGCGACCAGCCAUCGGGCGAAUCGACCAGAUACCAGCUACUCAACAGCUGAUUAGGGUACUGAGGAUACUAAACCCACUUCACCUUGUUUUUAGGAAACAAAUGUAGCAAAAUUAAGGCUAAGCAGAUGGCUGAAUGUGAUUCAGAACUUGCUGCCUUGCUGUUCAGUAGACAGGAAAAAAUUGCCAAAGAUGACCAGCCUGUGAGAGAAGCUGAUGCUAUAAGAAAAAGGUGAGUGGUGACUCGUAACUGACUGCUGCACGGCUUGUGAUCGAUUACCAUGUCAUAAUGACAAACAUGAUCACCCAAAUACCACUGACUUAUGUUAGAGGAAGUUUAUUGUAAAGACAACUUUUCCCUUUAGAGUAUCAGAAAUGAAAUGUUUUGUAAAGUGUAUAUUGCUAUUAAGGCUAUUAACUCUUUGUUGUCUGUUCUGUACAUAGAAAACUUGAGAGAAUGCAGGCUGUUCGACAGACUCAAGGAGCUGAGAAUUCCACCGGCAAUUUAAUAGUUAGUUGAGUUUUAUAAUUAUAUCUAGCCUUGAAUACAGUACUUUUUGCCCUGUGAGUAUGGUGUUCAUUCAUAUAGUUUAAAAAGUAAAAUAUACAUGCGUUGUUUAUAGUGGGAAGAGAUAUUAGCAGUUUUGCUAUCAACUAAUUCGAAGUUAAAUUAAGUCUUUGAUUGAUUGAUUGAGCAGCAAUUAUUAUUCAUUCAAAAUAUUUGCCGAUAUCAAUUCAAUUGAUGUCAAAAAGGAACAUUUACAGACGUUGCGGUCCCGCAUCUGUUUUGGCAGUGCAGAGCUGGAAGUAACAGAGGAAGAUUUCACGCGGAAUGCGAAGACGGAAUAGGUGAACUGGUGCCACAAAAAUAGCAAGAAGAAUAUCUGCUCAGCUCGGAUAAACAGUCCUUGUUAUGCUGAAACUAUGCACCGUUACCAGCUGCCGUUCGGGAAAAUGAACCCGCACGAGGAACUGUUUUGAAGACGGGAACUUGAUGUUUUGAGGUUGGAUAUAUUUUGAAUGAAUAAUUGAACAACUACUAGAUUUGGUUUUUUUAAAUGAUGUUUUCGUAUGAUUUAAAGAAUUAUACAGGUCUAGGAGGCUGUUUUACAAGACCCCAGUCGAGACGAUCUGCAUAAUUCUUCAUGUCAUACUCAACCUCAUCCGAUAACUGCUUAAUUAGUUUGUUUUACUUUUAAAAUGGUAUGUGUGGAUGACUAACCCUGAAAUGUAACCUUUUAGAUUCAAAAAGAGGAAAAGUUACAAAGAACAAGGGAUCUCAAGACUAUUCAGCUCUAUCGGCAAGUAAACUUUGUAGCCCUAAAGCAUUUUGAAUUUUGCGGCCAAAAGCCACUGCAUGCCUCAGUUCCCACUAGUAGAUGACUCUGUUACUGAGCUGAAACAUUUGAGCAUAAAACGCUACUCCUGAGAAUAAAUUAGAGCGCUUUCAACGACCUCAGGCGCUGCUAAAUGAAAACGAAACAAAUCAAUGAGAAACAGAUAUGCAGUAUCGGCCGUGGUUUGUAAACCACGCAAAUUAUCACCUCGGUUAGUGGAAAGUCAGUGGGGAUCCAUCUAUUUUGAGGUAUCUCACAUAUGUAGCCUGGUGCCACCUAUUUUUCCCAAAAUGUACCUUAUACGUUUACGGGAAGAUAAAUCAAAGGCGAAGCUUGGGCUUACUUCAUCUGGAAAGUUUGAAAGCUUUAGCAACGACGACGGCGAGGGCAGCCAAAACGUCAUCUUUAACACAAUUUCGCGUUUAUCCAAACUUCCUAAAAAUUAAUCCAGCCACGAUGGAAUUUCAAAUAAAAAGAAAUUUUUUCUGGAGUGUAAUUCUAGGGCACCCUACCCAACUUUACAAAACGGGACAUAAACAGAAAUUUCACGUCGUAGUCGUGCAGUCGUGACGGCAAAGAAACAAUCAGAAAAAGUGAUGCAUGUGCAGAGUUGGUAUCUUCUUUAUCAAACGUUUGCUUCACAUGACGUUCUGAACAACCUGGUGAAACACGAGUGAGGUGAAAAUCUCACCUGGUCAGCCUGCUACCGGCGGGAGAACAUUCAUUGACCAGAGGAUUUUGUUUUAGAUUUUUUCUUAAAGGUUAUUGACGAAUCCAACGGUUUUUGUCCCAUCAGAGAGAGGCUACGACAUGAAAAGAUUUUAUCUUCACUCGCUGGAAACAUCACAACUAGUCAUCAAAUAUACCCAUCCUUUGGGACGGCAGAGUUUUUCGAGUUUGUGCUGAGAAAUCCUUACUCCACAGACCAGAAUGUUGCCAUAAUUUGUGAUGAUCAGGAACUUAAGUAUGUAUUACUGCUUGCCUGCUACAUGCAUAUUGUGGUGUGUUAGUCCAUCGUGUCACAUUGAAGGAGAUCGGCUCCGUAAUCUUGUGCUUGGUCGAUUCACUCAUUGUGCAUUUUAGGGCGUUUUGACAUUUGAGACAUUCUUUGUAAGGUUACCAAAAUGGUACUCCAUCAACUGAAUUCAUCUCAAUUAGAGAAAUAGAGUUGUUUGGGUUUCCUGAAAGUAUAGAAACUUUCUGAAGUUUCAAACUGACGCUUUGUUAGAAAGGUUUAUAAACUGUAAUCAAAUUUUUCGCUCUGCUUUAACAACGUGAGGUUACAUUUUACAGAGUAAUCACAGACACGAGAGAGUGGAGGCAUUUUAAGAGGAAAACCAAUACGCGCUCAGGUAGAUUUAAUAUCUAUGUAAAAUGAAAUUUAAAACAGCCUUAGCUAAACCCUGGCUGUGGGUCAUAAGUAUCGCUCUUACAGGAAAUUUUAUCAAGUCAGCGCCGAUCACUUACAUGUCGGGUAUUUUCUUACAUUAUCAGUUUGGAGGGCGGGCAUUUUCCACCUUUAUUUUACCCUUUAAAAUCCUUACAGAAAGCCUAAAGACGUUUAGUUUAGUAUUUAAUGGGUUGUUUGUUUCAGUUUCCACACAAGAUUAGCUUAAUACGAUGGUCUCCCGGGGCCGGAGGCGGACCGUUACUCAGGGUCUUAAAAUAACUGAAGGCGAAGUUACUCUGCGAACUACUCGGCCUGUGCGUUAGAUGGUGACUCAUUUAUGUUUUGAUUUAUUACAGCUUUGGAAGAGAACAUGUUUGAUAGCUCCUCUACCAGCCCCUACCCACAGCUGUUCUUAAAGCCUAGAGAAACUGUUCACGUACCUUUUAAGUUCCAGACCUUCAGAGCGGACCACAGCGUUCCUGAACAGGUACACGUGAUGAUGUUUGCGUUAAAUUUAUUUACCCGUAGCAUACCUAACGGAGGCGUGUAUGUUUUUCAAUCUCUUUUAAAUUAUUUCAACAUGUAAAAGCAAAUCUCUUGAAACAAAGCUUAUGAUAAGCGGCUAAUUGUGAGUAAAGUUUUGGCCAAAAACUCUGAAAAUAGCGGUGAUCGUUUUCGCCACCUUAUGAUAAACGUUUGGGAAAACUACAGUUUGGCUACCUGGAAUUCUUUUUGAAUACCUCUCUUCUACAGGGUCCCUCACAUCCGCUGAAACAGCAGGCUCAAACCUACUUAAAGACAAAUACAUCAGAGGAUAACAAUAUAAAACCACGACAAAUAAAGGUGAUGAUUGAUUACCAAUAGUCACUUUCGUACUUUGUCUUUUUCUGGUCUUUGCUUUCUCUGCAAUGUAAUCUAGCUCUCGAACAGUUUGGCAUGAGAGGCCUUAGCUUCCAUUGUUAACUUUGUUUGUUUAUUGUUUUCCCAACCGGUUGCCAAUCAGAACACGGGAUUCGUUUCAUCUUGCCGUCGGCUGGCCAGCAAGCCACACAAGAAUCUCCUGUAGUUUUUGCAGCAUAGUUAUAACCCCGAGAUGAAAUAACAAUAAUCAUUGCAUGAACAUGUAUGCAGUAUGUAGUUUGAUUUUCUUUCCCUUGCCAUUCAUUAUCCUCUCUGUUUCGUUCCAGGUGUCAUUUAUGAACAAGGAUGAGUGCCCUAUUGCUAUUCUGAUUGUUCUGGUGGAGCCUCGGCCUCAUGUGAUUGACAGAACGUUUAGAUUUUAUCACGCUGAACAGUCAUUUUUGAAGAAGACCAUCAGACUACCACCCUGGCGUACCUUACCAGGUAAAGAUGGGGGCCACCGGAGUCCCAUGAGGCUCCAACUACGUAAUCCUUGCCCCAUGAUGAUCCGGCUUCACCAGUUAUAAACUGCUAGGUUUAUCCGUUCGACGAGAAAAGUUGAGCUUUUAUCAUUAACGUCAUACUUGUGUUCAUUGGAUAUAUAUAUUUUUUAUUGCUGUUGUUGUUGUUGAUAAUGUUUUGUUUGUCUUCAAACUCCUUAUUUCGGCGCUUAUUAUGUGGUGAAACUUCAGUCUUUUUUAAUUACUACUCGGUGUAAGCACCCUCUAAGUGUUUUCAAGAGCUGUUAAACUUGUUUUGGGGCUGAAAUAACUGCUUUCUUUAAAAAGGAAAAAAUUCGCUCAGAUUUGACAAAUUUAGCAUGUUGGAAUAAUCGCGAUAAAUCUUUCAAGAACGCCUUCGUAUCCUGAUUUUUUCAGGUAGGCAGCAGUCCCCUAUUCAGGGUAUCUGUCACCACAGUUAAAACUAUCUGGACAUUAGGGCCAUUUAUACGAGCAAAAAUAAGACGCGAACUUUCCGUAUAAACGUCCCAUUUCGUCUAAAAUAAGACGCGGCUUAGCUAAGACGCGUCUUAUAGAUAAGACAUGCUCGUAUAAAUGGUACAGUUCGCGUCUUAUGUAAGAUGCGUCUUAUUUUUCCUCGUAUAAAUGGCCCUAUUUUUUCAGUCGAUGUAGUCUCGCUAGGACUGCACUCCCAUUGAGUAUUACAGGUGUUGAAAUUAUUGAUGAAUUUUCGCCUUGAUUGUUUUUAUUCAGGUGCACCAGUUAUGGAUGAAAAUGCCCAACCUCAACUUCAUGUACGGUGCAGUGAUGUUAACGCUGUUUGUGAAGCUAGAAAACUGGUGAGUUUUAAAUAGUUAGCUCGUUGAAUUGUGCACGAAGAGAUCUGUUAGGGAGUUUAAAACACUUUAUACUUUCCCUUGUCCAACAAAACAAAACUUAUUACAACAAAACGUAAACAUACCGUAAACUGCUGCUUAUAAGCCCUGGGCUUAUAAAUCUUUGUAAGGGGUUUUAGGAGGGCUUAUAAACGAAGGGGCUUAUAUCCGAGCGGGGUGUUAUCGGAAUACAAAGAUUCAUUCGAAACAAGCUAAAGCAGUGCUGAUCAAAAUACCUUUUGCAUUUACUGGUCUAAUGCCAAAUUGCUACAAGUAAAUAAAAGAAGAUAAUAAUAAUAAUAAUAAUAAUAGUGCGUAGAAGCCUACUACCUAUUUUACAGGUUAAGUAAAAUAACUAUACUAGAGACUUAGCUUGGAACACAAGCACAGUCACUUCACCUCUUGUCAGCUGCGCGGGACAGCCUCGGGUUACUGAGAUGUAAGUUAGGUGUAGGUGUCUGCUAGAAGGAGCCAGAAAGAAAUAUUUUAUUCACACUGAGCACUGUGUCAUUCACCUGUCACAAUUAGUUUUUUGUUCAGAUUUCGAAUCUACACUUGUAGGAAAUUGUUGUCUUGAUUUGUUUUUAAGGUAGGUUUUGUUUAAACCAAAAUUCUCUCUAUAUGUGCUUAUCAGAAUCAGGAUAGAGCAAACGUCCUUGGGACACAACCGACUUGAAAUUGUAACCUCGCAGCCGUAUACUAAAUAAACUAGAGGUUUCAUAUUGCAAGAGAAGUGCUGCCCCGUGAAGAAGGAUCAAGGGGUUGGACCGGUUGUAAAUACUCUACUGUAUCUCAGUUAAGGAUAUCACAUGGUCUUCAAAGGAUCGUAAGAUUAAAAAAGGAGAGAGUAAAUUGAUGAUGUAUAAAUACAAUAUCGGCAAUUUUAGCCUGCGUAGCAGGCGCUUGGAAGUGAAAGAAAGAACGGGCGCGCGAGAGGGAGACACGCGUGUCUAACCCCCGGCGCUUAACCAAGGGUAAGGUAACCGGGCGGCGGUAGACCAAGCUAAAAGUUCCUAAUUAUGCUCAAGCUUUUCCGGCCGCCACUCUCUGUGAGCAUAACAAUGAAACGAGUUACAGCCACAUUUACAGCAAACGGCAAACGUGAAUUUGUACCACGCGACCAAGUUUUCCCUUAACUUGUGUUUUACUGUUCAAUACUUCCACCGCAAAAUUAGUAGCUUCACGUUAGUUUUGUCGAUAACAAUUGUUUUGGACCGUUUAAAGCUACACGUUUUCUUUUUUGAGAAGUGCGCAACUUAAAUCUGACGUUUGCCGUUUUCCGUAAACGUCACUCUAAAUCUCUGUAUUAUCUUAGCCGUCAGGUGAGCCACAAGACGUGUUUCUCAAGAUCGCUUGUGGGCCUUCUCCUUCUCUUAAGAGGUUCUUCGUUCUUUUGUUCAUGUAAGUUCAGUUUCGUUGAUGAUAAUUAGGUUAUGCUCAUAAACGGAUGAAGCUUUAGUCUGCGGAAGAGCCUUUUUUUGUCUUUCUUAAAAUCUGUUUUUCAGGGUGCGAAUCGCUGGCGUCGACUAUUUCGUGCGAAGCGAUGCGAAAGCGUUUUCACCCUCGCGUUAGUCCUCUCGUUUGACUGCUCAAGCGCUUUCUUGACUUAACCCUUUACGUCCCAAUGCUGACCGACAUCAAUUUUCUCCUAAUGAUACCAAUACAUUGUCAAGAGAUUAGGUCAUGAGAAUUAAUAAAAUGAUCACCAAAAAGAAAACGCUUUGAUCUUUCAUCAAAUUCUCUGAACACAUUCUUUAAGGAAAUGUAUAUAGAUCAGUCAGGAGAAUUCGUUUCUGGAUAUUGGGGCUUAAAAGGUUAAGCAAAUAUACGGGUUGUUGUGCAGUCUAGUAAAGCAUCUGGCCCGGGUGUAAGAUAACUUGAGAUUGCAAUCCAGGCGAAGUACAUGUAUAUCGUAAGUGUUCUGCUGGAACUCUUUUCCGUAGCUAAGUGGUUUUCGCAAGGAAGUGGUUCUACAUGCCAAUCGGUUCUGUUGAACAAUUUACCUUUCUUUUCGCAAUGACGAUAAUUAUUUUUUCCCGCAGUUCAAAGAUAUGAAAAUUUCUCAUUUUCACCCUCAUAUCUUCGUCUUUUAUUCGUGUAUUAACAACUCAGUUGACUUGAUAGCUGUGUGGUAAGAGCACCGCUUCGGUAGAAGGCAGCGUGGCCGAGCGGUUUGAGCGCUGGACUUGUAACCCGGAGGCCCGGAGUUCAAGUCCGCCCUGACCGCUGGCUGGAUUUGUUCUCGCUUCCUAUCAGUUGGGAUUCUAAACUUUGAUAUGUUUCAUUUAAAUUUAUUUGUUUCAUUAUUUCUGAAAAGCCCCAUAAACGGUUAGAGGACAAUUUAUUACCAUUAUCACAUAGGUCACAGGAUCGAAUCCCGGUUAAGUCUGAUUUGUAAGUUUAAGUUUCUUAAAUAACUGCGAUGAUCUUUCACACGUUAAAUGCACUUUUUGUGAGAUGACGUCUAUUCGUGUUUUUGUUUUCUAGCGAUCCUUUCAUGACCGACCCUUGUCAAAUUUGGCAAUUGUAUGUGCAUUCAUUACAGAGGUAGGCUACGAUUUAUUUAUUUAUUUGUUGUUGUUGUUGUUUUUGUUUUUUACCGAGGUUCUAAAGAAUAUCUAAAGUAUUCGCUGAACCAUUAGCGGAGGGAGAGUGUCAAAAAAUCUGCUUUUAAUAAUUCGGAAACUCGAGUCAAGUCAUGGUAUAUCAAUUGUUGAUGACCUAGACUCGAUAAUUUGUACUGGAUACGAUGAGAAAUGUUUAUCGUGCCUUAAAGACAAGCUGUCAGACCAAUGCCGGGCUAAGUUCUUUGUAAAAUUCCAACAAAAUAAAAGUUUUCCGCGUGAGACGGGGAAAAAAAUUCAUGUAAUGAUUUUAUUCAGAUAAUUUUUCUUUGAGAUUAGCUUACAGACUGCUAGAACUGAGUCCCCGGCUCAAGAUUGUGGCGAGGGCAAGCAUAUUACAUACGAGCGAGAGAGAAAUACGCCUUGUCGUGUCGUCGGAAUUGAUUUAUGAUGUCAAUCACGUGUUAACCAGGUCCUAUCCUUGAAAAUCCUGGACUUCAUUUCCCUCGAUCGAUUUUUUUGUGUUUUACACAAGACUAAUUUAGUGUAGUGGAAGGCGCAGCAGGGUUUGAUAGUGGCUUCCGUUGGCCUUUUUAAAUCAGACUCAUCUUCCUGUUUCAGAAUUGAUAUGAGCGCCGUAGAAGGCCAGAGCAGCCGUUUGUCAGUGAUUUUACGUGGGACUCAGUCCAGUCGUCUUGUACAGUGCUUCUCAUCGCAUCCAGAGGAAUUACAGGUACGUUGUACUAACUUAGUGUCCUUAGUGUUGCCUCCUGUGUUCAGAUGGUGCUGACAAGCUGCAAUAAUAAUUAUAAUAAUAAGGCGAGGAGACUGGUGAGAGAAGAGAAGGGCUUCUCCCCUGUCUCAACUUGUACUAGUGUUUGUUCGCCCGCUUAGUUUCGCUAUUCAUCACAAUCUUAACGUUUGAAAAGUCAAACAUGUUUGUUUUAACGACAGGUCUUGCCGUCAGACCCCAUCAUGUUGAUGGCUAAUGCAGUCCACGAACUUCACAUCACUUUGCGGCCACAUUCAUCCGGAACAACACGAUUCAUGUAUGUGAAUGUAGUUGGUAUCCUUUGAGAUCUUUGUGCAAUUAAAGGCUUCUCACACUAAUGAGGGUCUGUAGAUCUUGCCUUCCGUCAAUUAAUUAACCUAGGUGAAAAAAAAGGGAUUUUUGCGUACUCGUAAGUAGACUGGGAGUAGACGGUUUGACUUACGUGUCGUUUCGCUAACACCCACCCACCCACCCGCCUGGCUAACACCUGUUCGGUUACGUCUUCCCUCGUUCUUUCAGCCAUGCCACAGAAAAUGCCGAUACACUUUAUACCUUGUUCUUUAAGCCACUGAUUAAGCAAAAGAAUGUAGGGAACUGCCCUAACACGUUGGCGAAACGACUUGACACUCAAGCGAACGUGGUUGAAAUGACUCAUAGAUGAAACGACCCAAAAGCAAGCAGACAGUAUACGUGGCAGGCCUGCUACGCCGUGAAUUGUAUACAAAGAUUCCCAGACUGAAUGGAACAGUUGAGCAUCGUUCGAUUAAUUUCGAUUGGGUUCGAUUACCUACUGUUCGAUUAGACAUGCCGGAAGUUUUACGUGGAAUGUUUUCUGACUGUAGUAUUGUUUGCCGGUUAUGCUAUAUAGGUUGUUUCUUAUGAGCGCCUCUCUUCGGUGAUGUUCUGCAAGUAGACCUGUUUGGUCAUGAUCAGUACCUCGCUCAGUAAUGAUAGGGUUAUAAGGCAUUUUUUCUUAACGGCGCCUUUCGUAGAUGUUGAAUUUCAUCAGCUUGUUCGUACCUGGCUGGUUUGCGCCUCCUGUCAGAUGCCUGUGAUUUCUAAAUCAUUUGAACUUCAGAUUCAAGUAGGAGGAGGAAAAGGCUCAAAUAAGGUAAAGUAAUGACGUGUAUAUCGGCAGAUAGUGCGCUUUCAAUCAAGGGUGCAUACUGAUUAAAAGCCUAGGUGCCCACUUAAGGUGGCUCGACCCAGUAUUUUUAUAGGUACACCUUCCAUUUUUGAAUCCCUGAUACUUGAACAAAUUGAUCUUUAUUGUAAAAACAUUAAAACACAUGUAUUACAUAUAGACCAAACUAAAAGGUGAGAUCUAGAGGAGGCACUCUAAUAACUCGCGCGUAUAUUAAGGAAAGUACUUACAACUGAAAUGUACAGUCAGUAUGCCAGAAAAAAUCUCGAUUUGCUUGAACAGGGGCCGUGAAGAAUCGGUAGUUAAUGGCGACGUUUCUAUUAUUCGCGCCCGCAAGUAAGAGAUGGUUUAUAGGAUGACGUAAAACAGAAAAUCCUGAAGGGACCGCUUGGGUAGUCUCCCUCGCAGCCGUUUUUUGGAUGUCAGGUAACGCUCCCCCCCUCCAGCUUCAGUUCAUGCAUAAUUUAUACCCUUUUCUGUAUAAAUUCAAAGAUACCUCGAAAUUCCUCCUAUAGAUGUUUGUGAAACUUCGCAUACCAGAAGACAUUCACCCAAAGUAUACGUAGCGUAAAGCAUUUCAAAAGAAGAAUGCCGAUAAGGGCAGAAAGUCUUUUUAGAGCUAAAACUAUUGUGACGUCAUUCUGAUUGUCACGUGACAUUUAUUCCGAUCGCCCCGAAAAUAAUAUCAUAAUAAAGUUUAGUCUAUGUGUAAUACAUGUGCUAUAAUGUUUUUGCAAUGAAGAUCAAUUUGUUUAAGUAUAAGAGAUUCAAAGAUGGAAGGUGUACCUAAAAAAAUACUGGGUCGACCCACCUUACGCCAAUCUCGUAGUAAAUGUACCUAUCCUACGCUAAGCACUGGAAAACACUUUCAAGCAAGCCAUAAUUAUCAGGAGUAGAAUAACUUUUUCAGGUUUUAUGAUAACUUCUUUCAAAACUAAUCUGUAAAACCCCUGCUUCUAGAUUCAUUUCAAGGUGAAUUAGUAAGUAGCUUUUAGAAAAUGAUAUCAUGGAGACGUAUUUUUUUUCCAGCGUGUAUCAUUCACAAAUCCAUAUCCAACGAAAAAGACGUUCCACCUUAAAUGUAACCGGCCCGAUCUGCUGCAAUUCAAGGAGAGCAUUAUUGAGGUAAACACUUGUUGCGCCUGCCAUUCCACAAGUAACUUUGAAAAAAAAAAUGGCUUCUAGCUCUUGCUCGUACCCAGAUCUAUUGUCGGCUUUCUCGACGACAAGCGAUUUGGGUACGAAAUUAGCUUUUAAACACAGCGACAAAGACGCGGCGAUUGACACGUGAAGCUUUGUUCAACUCUUUAUGAACCAGAUAGCCUGCUAGACUACGAGCAGUCUCUCUGUUUUCUUGGUCCGUCGAGCAAAACGUUCGAGAUACGCAAAUGACCACGCGCGUGACUAAAGGCGCCCUUGUUUCUCGCCUCUCGCAGCUUCGCCCCUCACUAAAUCUGAAGAAAAACAGAGACUGAGCCUGCGAGCAAGCUCUCCAUUUGGUAGCCUCUCACGCAGACGUUCUUAGGGGUUCGUCACGCGUUCCUGCCCCACAAACGUCUGCUGAUUUGAGCGAAAAAAACGUAGAUCAAUCACUGCAGACUUCCAGAUCUGGGGAGUGCACCUUGAGACAGUUCGCGCUUAACUUAGCUCCAGAAAAGUUCAGAAAGGUCUCAUGAAAGGUGAAGGAAGACCUUACAGCUUUAGAACAAACUACUCAAUUAACUCACAAGCGUUCGUACUAGAGGCCCACAAACUCAUUGAAAAAAAAAAUACCUCGGAGGUUAAAUUGGCUGAACGAAAGUCGGCUUUACUACAAAACAAUAAAGUGUGAAAAAAAAUUCUGCCUUUUGUUCAGUUACAAGGUAACCCUGCCGUUGCAUCACCCAACGAGCAACUUUGUCAGCAUUAAUGUCAUCUAAUCCAGCCUUUAAAGAGAGAAAUAUACAAAAAGCCAACGAUUAUCUUCUAGAUUCUCGUCGGAGCAAAAAUCUUUGGUCACGUAUCACAUUCUACCGAACUUGUACGUGUGUGUUUGGCUUGUCCACACUUUGACUUCAACACCGCCGAUUGGAUCUCCGAUAAUCUGCAUGUGAUCUCCAGCUGAUAUUUACAAACAAAGGGAAAGAAAUUUACCUUUCGGUCCAGCAGACGUUGGUGGGGCAGGAACGCGAGACGAACCCCUAAAAACGUCUGCGUUGUGGGCUGUCCAUUCGGGGAUAUCGUGAAAAGAAGACGCGCAAGCUCGCGUUCUCGCGCGGCUCACUUCGCUCGCCCAAAUAGGAAAGCUUGCUCGCAGGCUGUGAACCAGACCUUUCAGUAUAUUCCACUUCCUUAUCGAUGAACCCUCUUGUCAGUUUGUUUUAGUGAAAUCUAUUCUUUUUUUAAUGAAAAUGAGAAAAUAGAAUAAUUUUCGCUGAGACGUAGUGGAAGAGAGAAAAUUUCUCAUCAGGGUGGAGAGUAAUACGCUGUCCGUGCAGCAGUUCAUUAACAUCAAUCGAGGGGUGUAAUAUAUACAAUUGAACUGGCAUAUAACUGGAAGUGCUGUUUAAAUUUAAUAUGCGAGUGCCUGUCUAUUAUUAUUAUUAUUAUUAUUAUUAUUAUUAUUAGGUGGGUCCUGGUGAAUCGCACAGCAUCGGACUCCGGUUCACUCCACAGCAGUUUCCAGGGAAAGCUGAAUUACUCAUCUUCAUCAACGACUCUGAAGACAAGAACGAAGAAACAUUUUGCAUCAGUGCCUUGUAUACGUGACAAAGGUACGUGACUUCCUUCAUUGCACUUUGUUUGUCACCCGUUUCACCCCGUGUUUCCAUGGGUGUUUUCAAAAGGAAACUAAAAAAAGCGACAUUUUAUUUGGAAAUUUUAAUAUGUCACUACAGCGACGGCAACGAGAACGUUCAAAAAAGCAAUGGGUUAAGAUUAGCAAAAAAACAACUUGGUACCUGCAGCCCUCUUUUUUGUACAUUUCUCUGCCGUCACUGCACGACUAUCACGUGAAAUUGCCUCAUUUUACUUUUUACUCUUGGGGCCAUUUUAACUCCGAAGAGAAACUGAAGACAAUGCUUAUGCAAAAUUUUGGGGUGACAAACAGAGAGCAUUAUGGUAUCAGGGUAUGUUACGGUAUUUUCUGGAGUGGUCAAUUUCUGUUCAGGAGAGUUCGCCUACAUCAUUAGUAGGCAAAGGGUGGAUUCAUUUGCAACAUACGCGUAAAGCUGUCGCAUUUGCCCACCGGAGUUUUUUAUUGUUUUUGGGCUUUGAAGUGAUAAAAAAUUCAGCAGGCAAAUGCGACAGCUAUACGCGUAUGUUGCAAGGUGGUAAAUACCUAUGGACAUGAAAAAAAUGAUAAUUUUAGAGAAAUUAUAGUUGACCAUAGGACUCAAAAGAAAACCCCUUUUAAUGUUGUAAUAUCUGUCGUCUAAUUUUCAGGAAUUCCGUAAACAAACCGUGGAUUUCGACUUAUCAGAGGAUAGCCGGCGC